CUACAUAAUAUCAAUGGCUCAUUCUCGCCUCAUGACUUGCUUCCUUUUAAUACUAGUCUCAGUCACUUUGUCAUCUUUAAAUGGAGGGAAGAUUGUUGCUGAGGCACGUAAUCUUUUGGAGUUUCCUGAGCUUCCAAAACCCGAAAUUCCAGAAAUUCCAAAGGUCACAUUUCCUGAAAUUCCAAAGCCCAUAUUUCCUGAAAUCCCGAUACCUAAAUUCCCCGAGCUUCCAAAGCCAGAGCUACCGCCUCUGCCAAAACUAGAAGUACCAGAGAUCCAUGAUCUGCCUAAGCCCGCACUCCCAACCAUUCCUGAGUUGCCCAAGGACUUUCCUAUCCCAUCCAUACCCCAUCCUUAGAGAUUUAUUUUUAUCAAGGCUUGCAAUUCGUUUGCAUCUAGCCUUGUUACUAUUGCUACCAUGAUCUUCAUCAUUUCAGAGUGUUUGAUUGAUGAUAUCUUAUUGUUUUUACGUUCUCCAUUGUUCUGUUUUUUGUUGAUUCACUAAUG